UCAGCCGAAGCUCUUUCGACGACGCCUGAAUUUCUUUUCCAACCCAUAAACACGAAUACUCGAUUGUAUUCUAAUAGUUCUAUAUCUCGAGGGCAUUAAUUAUAUACGACACUCGAGCUAUGUACCAUGCAACCGCGUUCAUGAAUCACGAUUUUCGAUUAGUUCUGUAUCCGAAGAAGCUCGGAAGAAGAUCUGUUACAUUAUUGAACAAAGUUCCAACCAUGCCAAAGUAAAACCCCUCAAGCACUCUGGACCACUGCCAUCAGUAUCCCAAUGCCUAUGAGAUACCCAGUAACGAGCAGCGAGCUACACACUGCGACUCAAGCGACAAUCGAAGGCUUGAAAUCAUUGCGCCUCGAUUGUUGUCUUGUAGGUAGCGUUGCAUGUUGCGCGUACGGAAUGUCCAGGGUGCCCAACGACAUCGAUAUGGUCGUUUUGACAUCUCGAUAUACUCAAGAAGAGCUCAAGAAUCUCCUGGUCCAAUACAAUUCUACAUUUUACCUCAUUGCAUCCAAAGAUCCACUGGCGACAUAUCGAGUGCUGUGGUUCAGACUUGCUGGAUAUCGUCGCUCUUGUAAAGUUGAUUUGCUCCUCCCUGGAACCAUGAACAUUCCAUCUGUGGAUCCUAGUCGUAUCUAUCGAGUUGGGAAUACCCGCCAGACGGACAAUAUCUAUUUUUCAGUUCUGUCCGCCAAAUACCCAUUGAUGCCUUUCCUCCCUCUUCUUUUGCUCAAAUUACAAGCCUGGCAAGAUCACGGUGAAUCUGCCAAGCUCUUCAUGCGUGACAAGCAACCAACCGAUGUACAAGACAUUCUGGAGCUGCUUCGGCUCGCUGAGCAGAACUAUGCGCUUUCUGAUACCACGGGAAUCACUGCCACUGUUGGUUCUGAUACCACCCAAAUCCAAAUAAAACAAUCCAGCUUAUUGAAGCGAGAAGAACCCUAUUUGCCAAAAUCAUUCAUCGAAACUGCAAAAACAAGGGUGAGGAAGUUCGCUCAAAUGUAUCCACGGUCAGAGAAGCAGUGGAUAAUGAUAGGAUUCGAGAUAAACAGCGGUGUGGCUUUUCGUGCUACAACUAGAUCGACACAAAGUAGUGUGCGAAGGCUUGAAAAUAUGAUGAGCUCGAUGGCAUUGAAUUUCUAGAACGACUACUUCCAUAGGUAUAUACUAACUCAUAUUAUGUGUAGCUCGCAAUACUGCAGGUCAUCAAUUAUAUGUAGACGUCGACAAUUC